AUGUAUGUACUUAACCAUAGACAGAGAGAUGCCAGAUGUACAGUUGUGGAAGUGUCUCAAGGAAAUGGGAAUCUCACCGCAUCUCACCCAGCUCAUACUGGACAAAAAGCCACUGUAAGAACGCCAUAUGGUUACACAGACUGGUUCAAGAUCAGAAGGGGUACUAGCCAGGGCUGUAUCCUUUCACCAUCACUAUUCAAUCUGUACGCAGAUGUGGCGAUAAGGAAAGCAAAUUUGAAUGACUCUAACAUUGGAGUGAAAAUUAGAGGCAGCAACAUCAAUAAUCUCCGAUAUGCGGAUGAUACCACGCUGCUGGCGGAAAGUCAGGAAGAUCUAGAGCAGCUGCUUCUGAGAGUCAAGCACGAAAGUGCAAAGGUAAAGCUGCUUCUUAAGCACCAAGAAGACAAAAAUGAUGACUACUGCACAGAAUACGGAAGUCAAAAUAGUGAUCAACAGAUAGAUGCUUUCGAACUGUGGUGUUGGAGACGGCUUUUGUGCAUUCCAUGA